CGCGUUUUCCACGAGGGGCGCGCCGGCCCCCUCGCCGCAUCAGCCGGGAAAUUGCGCGGCGCUCGUCUCAGUCCGGCUCAGCCGUCGCGCUACGACGACGCCUCCGAGUCGCGCGCUACGAUCGCGAACCUGCGCUCGUUGCAUCUACCGUACGAACAGAGCGUGCGCGGCCAAAAUAGUGAGCUCGUGGCCGGGAGCGGUCGGACCCCGGUGAGAAUACAGUGGUCGCGGCGGCAUGCUGCGCGCGCUGCUGUUGCUGGCGCUGGCGGCGCUGGGGCCGGGAGCCGCGCGCCGCCACGCGCCCGACCUGCGCGAGGACGAGCCCGCGCGCCGCACCACCCGUCCCGCCGAAUGUUUGUUCGGCAAACAAGCUAUGGAGCUGGGUUCCAAGUGGUUUGCGGACUUGGGCCCACCCUUCGGCGUGAUGUACUGCAUCAAAUGUGAGUGUGUUGCGGUUCAAAAGAAACGGCGGGUGGUAGCCAAGGUACACUGUCGGAACAUCAAGAACGAGUGUCCCGAACCAUCCUGUGACACUCCCGUCCUACUGCCCGGCAGAUGUUGCAAGACAUGUCCCGGGGACCUCAACUCUCCCGACAUCGUUCAAGAAGACAGUCCAGUUGUCAUUACGACUGAAGAAGAUGAAAAAAACAUGAAAUAUUUCGCAUCAUUUCUAACCGGCCGGUCUCCGCUGUGUGUACGACGGGAUGACAUGUCAGGGGUACCUGUUGCGCACGGAGUAGCGACUGCUCGGUUCACGUUCCGGAGACGGCACCUCUACUGGUCCGUCCUCCUCAGCCCCUCCAUACAGACCCAACCUCGAGCACUCGCCUUCCUCGACAAAGAGGGUCGUGUGCUACUGGAACAGUCACUGAAGAGAAUACCCGGUAUCCACGCGACGUACGAAGAAAAAACAGAUAAGCUUUGUGGUGUCUGGCGUCGAGUGCCAAGACAAUACAAGACUUUACUGAGAGAUGGAGACCUGCACGUGGCCCUGCUGUGGGGCGAUGCGCGGAACAACUCCAUCGAUAGCGCUCUCAGCGGCAGAAUCGACAGGUACCCUGCCCUUUCGUCAGAAAUGUUCACGACAUUGUUGGAACCAGAACAUCCUCCUACUUCGAUUGGACAGGGGGCUUGUCAGGACUACCCAGCGUUAGAGUACGAAGACGGUUGGUGGGGAGGCACAGCAGUGAUCACGGCAGUGGCUGGAGCCACUCCCAGUCUGUACCUCGCUCUGGUCUUCAAUGGAGUAUUUCCAAAAACUGCAGUCACUCCACACCUGGUCAGAGUGAUCCUCACUCUCCCAGAAAAGAAUCAGACCAUCAUUGAUCAGGUGCAGAGGGUAAGCAAACCCCAUUAUGACUUCAAUGUCCUGGAGGUAUCAACUCCAGUGUCGGCUGCAGAACUGAGAUCUUUGGCUAGAGGUCGCUUACUUCUCACUGUGGAGGCUGUUGAAGCUCCUGAGAGGAGAAUCGUGGGAACUGUGAGACAGAAAGCAGCUUGUGAAGUGUACAAUACACCGCUGGUGUCCGAGAGGUUGUCCGCAACGCCUGCGCCUGAAGGACUUGCCUUGCUUUACAUUGACAAAGAAGGAUCGCUCGUCUAUGACAUACAGGUUGACAAUUUGGGUAUAACAGACCCUAAGAUAACUUUGGUGGAGGAGCAAGGCAAGCGUCACUCUCAGGUUGAGAUUCUGGACACCCGUAUUGGAGUACUGGCGCGACCUAGUGCCAGGAUAUUCCAGCCUUUGUAUGAAGAACAGCUUGCGGUUCAUAUUAGUGCUGAUACCGGUCCUCCAAUUCUCCGUGGUCGUCUGACAUCGCGAAUGCUACCUGAUGCAGCAGGGUCUGGUCCCGCUCUACUGCGAAGAACAGGACAAGUCAGGCUACCAGCUGCUAUGGCUGGGCUGGCGUGGCUGUCCGUGGACUCAUUAUGUGGACUAUAUUAUGAGACGGUGAUUACCGGUGGUAAUGCUCGUUCUUGGUCAUCCUGGUGGCUGGGGACUCAUCCUGGCACUGAAGUUGCAGCAAGAGAAUUAGGCGGUGAAGAAGGAUGGGUGUUAGAGCCGACCUCCGCUGAGCUGGUGGCGCUGCAUCUAGGAGCUUCAACCCUAGAGUUGCGAGCCCACGACAACGUAACUGUAAUCCUGCGCGCGCGAGUACCACAGAUAAGCGUGCCUCCAUCGUGUUUGCCAUCCGUGCCAGGGACGUCGGACAACGAGCUGAUCCCCAAGUAUACUCCAGGACCUUUAGAAGACCAGAUGACGGACUACUCCUUAUUCCGCCUCAAUUAUUGUACGCAAAGAGAUAAGUACUACAAGCUUGGAGAAACUUGGACAGAUACCGAGACAUGUUCAAAAUGCUGGUGCGUAUUGGGGAUGGUACGAUGUGAACCGGUACAGUGCCCACCUGUCAACUGUCUGGUGCCUACCAUCAAACCACCUGGACAAUGUUGCCCUAUUUGUACCAACUCUACGACUGCUGUUUGGUCAGAAAAUGGAAGCUGCGUUCUUGCUGGACAGAGCUACGCCCCAGGGUCAUCAUGGCACCCUUACCUAGUGCCUGGAGGUUACGACACGUGUGCCAUCUGCACGUGCAACUUUGCGACCAGACAAAUACAAUGUCCUAGAGUCAAGUGCCCACCACUACGCUGCAGUGAAAAAGAAGCGUACAGGCCGGACAAGAAAGCCUGCUGCCGUGUGUGCCCAGAGUUGAAAGCAAAGAAACCGGAUGAAGAAACUCCAAAAGACCAGGGUGCACCACGUACUGCCGAGGAGAUUCUGGCAGAAGGAGGAUGCAAGUUCCCCGACGGGCCACUGCCCAACGGCAAGGAAGUGCAUCCCUCUAUACAUUCGCAUGGAGAGCAGCGGUGUGUCACUUGUCGAUGCAAGGACGGGGAGGUGACAUGUGUGCGCAAACGAUGCGGACGAGCGGCGUGCGCGCGGCGACGGCGCGUGGACGCGUGCUGCGCGUGCACGCGACACCGGCGGCAGCGCGCGCCGCGCACGGAGCGGCCCGCGCCGCCGCCGCCCAGCUGAGCGUGCAGCCCGCCCGCGCGCGACACUCCCCGGACACAGUAUUACUGCGCCCGACCACCCCGUCUAUACCCCAGACUGCUCGUAGGCUAAGUGAGUGAGCGCGUAGCUCUAUAGACUGACAUAUUUUUAUGUACUCGUGCGAUUCGAAUGUGUCUCUAGUUUUAGUUUGCGUCAUCGGUGGCGUGCCGUCACCGAACCGAACGACCGGUGCGACUCACACGACACGCUGACUGACAGUUUCAGUGCAGUACAAGAUAUGACUCUUGUUAGCACGAGUAUGACGAAUACAGAAGUAAAAUUUUGCUACACUAUAUCGGGCAAGAUACAAUUGUUAUUGACUGUAUGGAUAAAAAUAUGAGGCUUGGCCAAUUAGAGGUUAUUGUUAUCAUCGGAGUGAGUGGAUGUGGCGGAGUGCGUCAGUGCGCGCGUUCGGUAGCGGCGACGGCGACGGCCGCGGCGUGACUCGGUAGGAGGCGGUAGGACGGUCGGCCGCGUGGAGGCUCGGAGUCGAUCGACGACGGACGGUAGCUUUACUGUGUAUUAUUUUAACGGCGUUGAAUAUUUACUUACCCACCGGUAUUUUAAUUGGUAUUAUGGUAACCCGAAAUUUAGGCGCAUUACAAUGAUCCGAUACUGAUUCGUAUUAUUUUAGUGGUAGGGCUCGAUCGCUCGGUCGUUAGACAAGGAUUGCGAGCGCGGUCGAUAACAGAUGUGCCAUAUUUUCUUAAAUGUAAAUAUAAAUUAUAAUUACUACUUAUGUGCAUAUUUAUUUACGUCUCUAUUGUAUAUGAUACGGGAUAACCGCACGUUUAGGUAAUCAUGUAUGAACCAUCACAAAUGCUAUCUUAUUGGUCGCCUUGUUUGUGCAUUUGCUUUUAGUUUUGUAUAUCGUAUAUUUAAUACCACGAGUGUCAUUACAUGUAAUGAUCGGUAACUCUAUUACCUGCGUUGUUUUAUCUAGUUGUAGUGGACAAGGGAGGAGAUAUUUAAUGUUAUAUUGUAGACAAUAACAACCGACAUAUUGGAAUUGAUGUUGCUUCGACUUAUAAUUACAUUUAUACAUAGUAAUGGAAUGUAAUCCCAGUGGCUUAUGCAUUGGAAUAUGCCUCGGAGACUGGAGUAAUGAGGUUUUCUUACACGUACAUCAAUAGACUUUAUAUGCGUUUGUUUUAAUAAAUUUUGUAAAUAUUAAUGUCAUUAUAGUUUACAUUUCAAGUGUAUACAUUGAUACCUAUAACGUAUUGUACCGAUAUAAAACAAUAUAAUAAUGUAAGGUGUAGUUUACGCAAACGUGACUAGUUUUGUUUAAUUACUAGUUUAACGGGUUAGUUACGUAAUUAAGGAAGCUAGUCCAAAUGUUUCGAUGUGAUGGAUAUGAAUGCCAUGUAGCUAGCGAUACGUCUGUUUUCAAUACUGAUUAUAAUAGGAAUUUAUUACUUGUAAGUUGUGUCCGAAGCUUGUAGUCACAGGGUGUACAAACUGAAGCGUUGUAGGUCAAGUGACGUGAUGAUACGCCUUUUACAAAUGUUAUGCGCGGGCGCGGUAAGGCGGCUUUAUGUAAAUUGCUAAUGGAUUAAUUUAGGCGCUGCAGUUUAUGCACCACGUGAUCAAAGUCCCCGGAUUUGAUAUUGUGCCGUUUCAGCACGUAUUUUAGCAAUUUGAUUUUUGUUUAAAGAGAGUCCAUUUGCCAAAAAUAAUUUGUAAAUGAUUUACGUACUUUUUUUUAAUUUUCACGUUUUGUUGUGGGUUCUAGUCCUGUCAAAAUUUUUUGAGGAGUUUGUUGUAUUAUUUAAAAAUGUUAGAUUGGCUAUUAUUAUUAUUAUUUUUAUUUUGACAUAACGAGAAUAUCACUCGGUUAAGCGCAAGAUUUAUCUUGGUUCUAAUAUAUUUUUUGUAUAAUCUAACAAUAGGAAGUUAGUCACCUAUGGCUUGCGAAUAA